UGGCGUGUAGAGGAGGAGAGAGAGCGUGCCCGCUGCCCAAUGACAGCGCAGGAUGCUGAGAGAGGCUGCUCGGGUGAAUGGAGGCGACAAGAUGCCGUCUAGAGCGGCGAAGAAGAGGAAUUAACAUCGAUAAAGAUCUGACUUUGAUCUACUCCACCUUUUCAGACAUGAAAUAAGUCACCCAUGUGCAGUUCUAAGAGUCAGAGCAGUCUCAUUAUAACUCGCCCCUGUUAAGGACCCCUCUGGUGGCUACACCGCCGAAUCACAGGACAUGUACGGCAGUGCCAGAGCUGUAGGCCAUGUAGAGAGCAGCCCCGUACGGUCCCCGCGCCUACCAAGGUCCCCCAGACUGGGCCAUCGAAGGGCACACAGUGGGAGUGGGGGCGGUGCGGGGGGCAAGACGCUCUCCAUGGAGAACAUCCAGUCCCUCAACGCUGCCUAUGCUACUUCGGGGCCCAUGUACCUGAGUGACCACGAGGGCGUGGGCUCCACUGCCACCUACCCAAAAGGCACUAUGACUCUGGGUCGCGCCACCAGUCGGGCCAUGUAUGGGGGCCGUGUCACAGCCAUGGGCAGCAGUCCCAAUAUUGCUUCUGUGGGGCUGCCUCAUGCUGACCUUCUGUCUUACAGUGACCUGGGCUCCCUCUCCAUGCUGCACCCCCACCACCACCAGGGGGUGCCCUCUGCUCUGCUGAGGCAGGCAGUGCGGGGCAGUGGUGGGGAGCUGCUGGAGAUGCAGGCCCAGCUCAGGGAGAUGCAGAGGGAGAAUGAGAUGCUGCGACGGGAGCUUGACCUGAAGGACAGUAAGUUGGGAUCUUCCACCAACAGCAUCAAGAGUUUCUGGAGUCCUGAACUGAAGAAGGAGAGGAUAAUGAGGAAAGAAGAGGCGGCUCGUACGUCAAUCCUCAAAGAGCAAAUGAGAGUCACUCAUGAGGAGAACCAGCUGCUGGAUGCCAGGAGAACCAAGCAUCUUCAGAUGACCAUCCAAGCUCUGCAGGAUGAAUUGCGCACACAGCGAGACCUCAACCACCUGCUGCAGCAGGAGAGCGGUAACCGCUCUGGGUCUGAGCAUUUCACCACCAUUGAGCUGACAGAGGAGAACUUCCGGCGGCUGCAGGCUGAACAUGACAGACAGGCCAAGGAGCUCUUCCUGCUGAGAAAGACCCUAGAGGAGAUGGAACUGAGGAUUGAGACCCAGAAACAAACCCUGGGUGCCAGAGAUGAGUCAAUUAAGAAGUUGCUUGAGAUGCUACAGAGCAAAGGGCUGCCCCCGGGCCCGGGCAGGGCGACCGAGGAGGAGGAGCAAGAACGAGCCCGGCGCAUUGCAGAAGCAGAGGCGCAACUGGGACACCUGGAGGUCAUUCUGGAUCAAAAGGAGAAGGAAAACAUCCAUUUGCGAGAGGAACUGCACAGAAGAAAUCAACUGCAUCAGGACCCAAGUAAAACUAAGGCCCUGCAGACCAUUAUAGAGAUGAAAGACACCAAAAUUGCCUCUCUGGAACGCAACAUUCGGGAUCUGGAGGAUGAGAUUCAAAUGCUGAAGGCAAACGGCUUACUGAACACAGAGGACAGAGAAGAGGAAAUCAAACAGAUGGAGGUCUACAAGAACCACUCUAAGUUUAUGAAGACGAAGAUUGACCAGUUGAAGCAGGAGUUGUCAAAGAAAGAGUCAGAACUGCUGGCUCUGCAGACGAAGCUAGAGACCCUCAACAACCAGAACUCAGACUGCAAACAGCAUAUCGAGGUGCUCAAAGAGUCUCUCACUGCCAAGGAGCAACGUGCUGCCAUCCUGCAAACGGAGGUUGACGCUUUACGUCUACGUCUGGAGGAGAAAGAGUCCUUCUUGAACAAGAAAACCAAGCAGCUGCAGGACCUGACGGAGGAGAAGGGUACUCUCGCCGGAGAAAUCAGGGACAUGAAGGACAUGCUUGAGGUCAAAGAAAGAAAGAUUAAUGUCCUGCAGAAAAAGAUUGAGAACCUGCAGGAGCAGCUGCGGGACAAAGACAAGCAGCUGGGGAACCUCAAGGACAGGGUCAAGUCUCUGCAGACCGACUCCAGUAACACAGACACUGCCCUGGCCACCCUGGAAGAGGCGCUGUCAGAGAAGGAGAGGAUUAUUGAGCGUUUGAAGGACCAAAGGGAGAGAGAAGACAGAGAACGACUGGAAGAAGUGGAAUCAUAUAAGAAAGAGAACAAGGAAUUGAAGGAGAAGGUGAACAGCCUGCAGAUAGAACUAACAGAAAAGGAGUCCAGUCUCAUCGAUCUGAAAGAACACGCAUCAUCCCUGGCAUCCUCUGGCCUCAAGAAGGAUUCAAAGCUCAAGUCACUGGAGAUUGCAAUUGAGCAGAAAAAAGAGGAAUGUAGUAAGUUGGAGACACAGUUACAGAAGCAAGCUGAGCAGCUAUUCAGUCACAUGAACACUCCUAAAGCCCAUGAAGUGGAGCAGCAGUCGGGCUCCAGAGGGAACCCAGAGUAUGUGGACCGGGUGAAACUGCUGGAAAAGGAAGUGAGCUACUACAAGGAUGAAGCUAAUAAGGCUCAAACAGAGGUGGAGAGACUGCUGGACAUCCUGCGAGAGGUGGAAACCGAAAAGAAUGAUAAGGACAAGAAAAUUGCUGAGUUGGAAAGUCUAGCUCCCAGACAAGGGGGUAAAGAUCAAGCUAAAAAGGGUUCAAACAUCAAACUGGGGCUGCAAGGUGACAAGAAAGGCUUGGGACAGGACCCUCGUAAGGACAGCUCCAUAGAUGGUGGUCACCACUUGAAGUUGGAGGAGCUAAUGAACACGCUAGAAAGGACGAGGCAAGAGCUGGAUGCCACCAAGCAGCGUCUCUCCUCCACACAGCAGUCUUUACAGGAGAGGGACACUCACCUCACCAACAUGAGACAAGAACGCAGGAAACAGCUGGAGGAGAUCCUUGAAAUGAAACAACAAGCUCUGCUGGCAGCAAUUAGUGAGAAAGAUGCUAAUAUUGCACUGCUGGAACUGUCUGCCUCGAAUAAAAAGAAGACCCAGGAGGAGGUGCUAGCCCUCAAGAGGGAGCGGGACAAACUGAUGCACCAGCUCAAACAACAUACACAAAGCAGAAUGAAGCUGAUAGCCGACAACUAUGAAGACGAGCAAUAUCAUCCACAUGCUCCUCACCACCCCCAGUCUCAGCCCCCACAUGCUCCACCUCAGCCCCAGCCCCAGUAUUCCCACGCUCCCCACCCUCAACAGACUCCAUAUCCACACGCCCCGCACCCGCAACAUCCGCAACACCAACAGCACCCACAGCACCUGCAACACCCACAGCACCCACAGGCAUCCCAGCAACACCCACACCCACAGCAGCCACAGAUGCAGUACCCUCACCCUCCUCACCAGCAACAUCCUCAGCACCCUCAGCCACCUCCCCAGCACCAACAGCACCCACGCCCUCCACAGCCCCAGCACCCUCACCAACAGCACCCCCAGCAUCCUCAGCAGCACCCACAUGGGCAUCUGCCUCCGCAGCACCCUCACCCUCAGCACCCACACGGACCUCCGCAACAGGGGCCACACCCCCAACAUCCACACCCUCAGCACCCCCAGCACCCCCAGCACCCUCAGCAUCCCCAACACCCUCACCAUGCCCAACAUCCACGUCACCCGUCGCCCCACCAUCGCGGGGGACCAGCCCGAGGACCCCCGCAUGCUGGUCAUCGCCCUUCCCCAGACCAGGAUGACGAGGAGGGCAUUUGGGCAUAAUCCUUGCUGUGACAACCAAAGCUCUAAUGUUGUUUUGAGGGAUGAUUCAGUCACUACUGGAGGAGCACAGCCAUGCCAUGAUGUUGUAACACUACCCAACUAAAUAUU